CCAUGUUGUUGUAGUUCGUAGGGACUGGACCGUCAUAUCCCUCCGCUACUGUAUGUCUCUGCGAUAAUCACCCCCUCCCGUUUUUGACAUCAGGGACACGUAAAUAAACCGGAGGGCGCAAACGGUGACCCUCACAAUGAAUUUAACCCUGGAUCUGUCGCGCAGAAACCCUCAGGAGGACUUUGAGCUGAUCCAGAGGAUCGGGAGCGGAACCUAUGGGGAUGUGUACAAGGCUCGUAAUGUCAACACUGGAGAACUGGCUGCUAUCAAAGUCAUCAAACUAGAGCCAGGAGAGGACUUUGAUGUGGUGCAGCAGGAGAUUAUUAUGAUGAAAGAUUGUAAACACUCAAACAUUGUUGCAUAUUUUGGCAGUUACCUCAGGAGAGAUAAAUUAUGGAUCAGCAUGGAAUACUGUGGUGGAGGCUCACUCCAGGAUAUUUACCAUGUUACCGGGCCGUUGUCAGAAUCCCAGAUUGCGUAUGUAUGUCGGGAGACCCUGCAGGGUGUUUACUAUCUCCAUAACAAAGGCAAGAUCCACAGAGAUAUAAAGGGUGCAAAUAUACUGUUGACAGACAAUGGCUACGUUAAGCUAGCUGAUUUUGGAGUUUCAGCUCAGAUAUCAGCCACUUUAGCAAAAAGAAAGUCCUUCAUUGGAACUCCAUAUUGGAUGGCACCUGAGGUAGCAGCAGUUGAGAGGAAAGGUGGUUACAAUCAGCUGUGUGAUAUUUGGGCCGUGGGCAUCACAGCAAUUGAGCUGGCCGAGUUGGAGCCACCAAUGUUCGACUUGCACCCCAUGAGAGCACUCUUCCUAAUGACCAAGAGCAGUUUCCAACCACCUAAGCUGAAAGACAAAGUAAAAUGGACAAAUAAUUUCCAUCACUUUGUGAAAAUGGCUUUGAUCAAAAAUCCCAAGAAGAGACCAACCGCGGACAGAUUACUGCAACACCCAUUCGUUACUCAACCGCUUAGCCGGACUCUUGCCAUUGAGCUACUGGACAAAGCCAACAACCCUGACCACAGCACACACAGUGAUGCAGAAGAGGAGGAUGACAUUGACCCAGAGUCUCCCGUGUCUGUUCCACAUCGAAUCCGCUCAACUAGCAGGAGCUCACGAGAUGGAAAGACUCUCUCUGAGAUCAACUUUGAUAAGGUGAAGUUCGACCCACCUCUGAGAAAAGAAACCGAACCGCAUCAUGAGAUGGAUCUACCGUUAGAGCCCCAAAGCAUUCUGGGAAAUAACAAGAGUCUAUUAAAAUCUGUUGCUGAGGAGCUCAGUCAAAGGGGUCAUGUGACACAUUUAGAGGAUGAGGAGGAGGAUGAAGGUGAUGAUUUGCACAGUGACUCCACUUCAACCAUGAGGCCUAAAGUACCACCUCCUCUGCCACCCAAGCCAAAGCUUCUGUCUCCCGAUCAGAGCAGUACUGACUCAGAGGAAAAUACCGGAGAAGGGACCAUUAAACGUUCCCCAGCUUCUGCAAGCUCCACCCCUCCUGUUCGAACUGUUUCCUGUGUUCCUCCCAGGCCGCCACCUCCACGCCUGCCUCCACACAGGCAUAGUAGUUUAGGUAACAAACCAUCUGACCACGAUCAGACAGAGCCAGCAUUGGAUGAUGAGAUUUAUAGGUUCUGGGAAUGGCUUCAUGCUGAAAUACAAGAAGAACAAAGUAAUGUAGUUUCUGUUCAGGGGAAUGGAGAGAAAGAAAAACUGGCCUCCCUUCCCUCACCUAAUCUACAGCAUCCAUUCAGUAACGGCCUCCCACCGACCCCUAAAGUACAUAUGGGAGCUUGUUUCUCUAAAGUGUUUAACGGCUGUCCCCUAAAGAUUCACUGUGCCUGUUCCUGGAUAAACCCAAACACCAGGGAUCAGUAUCUGAUUUUUGGUGCAGAGGAAGGAAUUUAUACCCUCAAUCUAAAUGAAAUCCAUGAGAGCACGAUGGAACAGCUGGUUCCACGGAGGUGCACGUGGGUCUAUGUAAUGAACAACUGGCUGCUUUCAAUAUCAGGUAAAGCAUCUCAGCUCUACUCUUACAACCUGACGAUGCUUUUUGAGCAAGCUCGACAAAUGCAGAAGUUACCCGUAGCCAUACCAACAUACAAAUUCCCAGACAAAAUCAUCCCACGGAAGUUUACUGUGUCCAAUAAAAUACCAGAUACGAGGGGUUGUCAAAAAUGUUGUGUGGUGCGAAACCCGUACACCGGUCAUAAGUACUUAUGUGGAGCGUUCCAGUCCAGCGUAGUGCUGUUUGAAUGGGUGGAAGCCAUGCAGCGCUUCAUGCUGAUAAAGAGCAUAGACCUCACCCUUCCGUGCCCGUUAGAAAUCUUUGAGAUGUUGGUGGUUCCUGAGCAGCAUUAUCCACUGGUUUGUGUGGCUGUCAGUAAAGGAAGCCAUCCUGAUCAGGUGGUCACGUUUGGCUCUGUUGAUCCCAAUGCUGCCAACCCGGUGUUCACAGAGCCUGAAACACCUCAAACAUGUGUCAUUCAUGUGACUCAGCUGGAGAGAGAUACUGUCCUAGUGUGUCUAGAUCGGUGUAUAAAAUUGGUGAAUUUACAGGGCAGGUUAAAAUCCAACAGAAAGCUGUCAACUGAACUCACCUUUAACUUCCAGAUUGAGGCAAUAGUGUGUCUGCAGGACAGUGUUUUAGCGUUCUGGAAGCAUGGAAUGCAGGGAAGAAGCUUUAAAAACAGUGAGAUUACUCAGGAGAUCGCUGAUAACUCGCGAAUCUACAGGCUGCUGGGUGCGGACAGAGUGGUGGUGUUGGAAAGCAAACCGACAGAAGACCCUACAGCUCAAAGUAAUCUGUACAUCCUCGCGGGCCACGAGAACAGCUGCUGACAACACACUGCCUUAACACACACUACAUAAUGCACGCUACAAAGUACAUGUUUCAGAGACUUAUACACCUCAUUUUCAUUUAUAAUGCUACUGAACAAAACACUACAGAAAAAAAAAUACUCUAAGACCGUUGAAAUUAAACACUACAAAUACGUUUUAAGACCAGAAUUUUUUGGUGUGGCAUGAUACCAGCCCUUGGUACCUCGUAUCGAUAUAAGAUCGAUACCUCAGUACAAGCAGAUGUAGGUAGAUUCGCAUAGCAUGUAACGGCAAAUCAAUCAUUUGAAUUAAUUUACAGUUAAUACAUGAUAUCUUUUGGUAUUGUACCAGUUUAAAGUUUUUCUUUUUUUUGCAAACUGUGUGCACUUACUAUAGAUGCAUUUCAGUACACAAAAACAGUGCAAACUAAACUCUUCAGAGACACCUUGAUACACAACCAUCAGUUCUGUGAGACUGAGAUAACUCAUUUGAAAACAACAGUCUAGUACAGCAGUUAUCUAAAAGAGGACACAAAUAACAUGGCUUUUAUAUCUGGCAUGAUUUGCAGGUGUUUUACCAUCUUGUUAGCUUUGUAGCUUUCAGUAUUGAAGUGACACUGCCCUGUAAACAGCUCUUCUCUUUUAAAAUAGCAAUACAGUUCACACAGAAUACAUAAGUCUAAUCACAGAAAUCUGUGUGUGGAAGUCUUUCACCCUAACGAGAAAUCCUAUUGAAAUGACUGGAUUUUGCUUAUGAAAAAUUGCUAAACAACUGUAAAUGUAACUACACUUUAAGGCAAUUCAGUAAGUUUUAUGUCUCAUUAGAUUCACAUUUUGAUAUUAACAGCACAAUAACAGACAAAAUUGAACCUUAGGGCAGACGAUUCUAUUAAAUUAUAAAUUAUUAAUGUUAAUCGUCUUAGUGGACAUUCAUACAGAAUGCAUUUUUUGUGUCUAAAAAUGUGAGACAGGGCAGUGGAAUAAAAAAAAGAAAAGAAAAAAAAA